AGUGCGAAAGUGUCCAAUCUCGAAGAACUUGCCAAAUCAGAUGAGUUUGGCAAUGUUAAGGCUAGCUUAGAGAAUGCAGCAUUUAGAGGGGUUCUCAAGAUGUUCGAACUUCUCCAAAAAAGCGGAUUCGGACUUCGGAAUAAAGCCUAUCGGGGGUUGGGGUUUGCGAUAGGCAAGGGUCAUUACGAUGUGGUCAAGCAUAUCCUAGACGGAGAAAUUGCCGAAGCAGAUAUCGUGCCCGCGGUCAACGUUGGCCUGAAGUUUGCAGCAGAUAGAGAUGAUCUCAAUAUUUUUGAAUUCCUCGCGGAAUACGGAUUCAGGGUCGGGGAUAGAUACGAGGAAGCAAGGGCCAUUGCAAUAUGGUCAAACGGAGUACUUGCUGAAGCAGACGCGGUUUCUGAGGUGAAGAGUGGCCUGGAGGGUGCAGCAACCAGGGGUGUACUCGAGAUGUUUGAACUUCUCGAAGAAUACGGAUUCGAGGUCAGGAGAACCGGAUAUCUCGUCUCAGCAGCUGAAAGCUACUGUUCUCCAUUGGUCAAGUUUAUGAUGGAUCACGACAAGGUUGAUAUCAAUGGCACAGACAGGCACUGGACGUUCAAUGACGCCUCUUCAUUUCGCAGCAGAGCAUGGCAAUAUUGA